GUUGACCGCCCCUAUAACCCCAUCAUCUCCUAUGACUUCAUCAAGAGUGACUCAGUGAUUCCUCUUCCAGCUGGAAGGGAACCGACUCUCUCUCUCUCUCUCUCUCUCUCUCUCUCUCUCUCUCUCUGUGUCUGUGUGUGUGUGUGUGUGUGCAGAUCAGAAUCCAUCGUCUAACCAUUUCUAGUGGCAACGCAAGACAUCAGGAGAUAAUAACCUGCAAGUAUCGCAGCAGGAUCCACCCACUGAAGUCGUGAUAUCGGCCGACUCACUCUCCCUUUUGUCGGCCAUAUCUACGCUUCUCCGUCACGUACAGUUUCUGACCGCCUUCUUUCUGGCUGAUCGCUGCCUUUCGACGAACAAUCUGAGCAAGAAAUCCACAAGCGCAGCCAACAUCCCAAGGUCAGAAAUUCUUCUGACGCAAUCUCUGCAACAGCAGCAGCAGCAGCAGCAGAUCUGAUACCAACGACAGUCCGUCUAUAACAGCCAUGGCUGGCGCUCAGCAGUCGCUGUCGCAGUCGCAGCCUCAGCCUCAGCCGCAGGCUCUGUCGGCAAUCCCGAAGCGCGCUCUGAUCACUGGCAUCACUGGCCAAGAUGGUUCUUAUCUCGCCGAACUUCUGUUGGGCAAAGGAUAUGAAGUACAUGGAGUCAUCCGUCGGUCUUCCAAUUUCAACACUCAGCGAAUCAAUCAUAUCUACGUCGAUCCCCAUGCCGCGGGAGCGCGCUUGAAACUUCAUUACGGCGACUUAUUAGACAGCAACAGCUUGCGCAGGGUGAUCGACAUGGUCAAUCCCGACGAGGUGUACAAUUUGGCGGCAAUGUCCCACGUGGCAGUCUCGUUCGAGAACCCAGAAUUCACUGGGGACGUGACAGGGACCGGCGCGCUGCGUCUGCUGGAGGCCGUUCGGUCGCACAUUCGAUCGACCGGUCGCAAGGUGAAGUAUUACCAAGCCGGGUCGUCGGAGAUGUACGGCUCCACCCCCCCCCCUCAGUGCGAAAACACCCCUUUUCACCCCAGGAGUCCCUACGCCGUCGCCAAGGUUGCUGCUCAUUACUACACCGUUAAUUACCGCGAGGCCUAUGGGUUGUUCGCUUGUAAUGGCAUCUUGUUUAAUCACGAGAGCCCAAGAAGAGGGGAAAAUUUCGUCACUAGGAAGGUCACUCGCGCCGUCGGCAGAAUCAAGGUCGGCCUCCAGCGCAAGCUCUAUCUCGGCAAUCUCAAGGCUUCUCGGGAUUGGGGUUUUGCCGGCGAUUACGUCGAAGCGAUGUGGUUGAUGCUUCAGCAAGAUCAGCCUGACGACUAUGUCGUUGCUACCGAAGAUUCUCAUACCGUCGAAGAACUUCUUGAAGAGGCUUUUGGCUAUGUCGGACUUAAUUGGAAGGAUCAUGUUGAGAUUGAUCCGAAGUACUUCCGACCUAGCGAGGUUGACAAUCUCCGAGGCAGUGCUGCCAAAGCCAAGGCCAAGCUCGGAUGGAAGCCACGUGUCCACUUCCAGGAGCUCGUUCACAUGAUGGUCGAUAGUGAUCUUGAACUUGCCAAGCGAGAGAAAGUUCUUGCCGAUAAUGGCUUUUUAAACUUUGCGAUCUGAUGAGAGAGAGAGAGAGAGAGACACACAGAGAGAGAGAGAGAGAGAGAGAGGAGUCCAAGUUCAGAAGGAAGCCAGGUGUCGGCUUCCGAGACCUCGUUGAUAUGAUAUGGUUGAUAGCGAUCUUGAGCUUGCCAAGCGAGAGAGAGUUUUCGCCGACAAUGGGUCUUUAAAUUCCGUGAUCUGGGGAAAAGGAAGGUGGAGGGGGAGGGGAGGGGAGAAGGGGGAGAAGGGGGGGAGGGUACCUCUGCUUCUAGGUUGUUUUACUUGUUUUUUUUCGUCUGGGGGUUGGCUCUUUUGAAAUGGACUGAGGAGAGGAGGCCGUAAUCACACGAGGACGUGGAAUUGCUGGAUGUACCUGCUUGCUUUUACAGUCAGGCAUGGAUGCACCUGAUCGUAAUCACGUCCACGGUUAAGUUGACAAUUUGAAAGUCCUACUCUGAGCAUGCCCUGAAGGAAGGGGGAGUGAAAUACCAUAUGAUGUGUACAACUUCGUUCUCUCGCCGUUUGCCCCUCUUUCAUCUUUUCCGUUUGUAGUCCGUUUUGGAAAAGGCUGCUAUCAGGUACCGUCCGUCUGUCCGUUUUGGGAAAAGAGCAGCUCUCAGUUACUGUCCGUUUCGUUAAAACGGCGACCGUCAGUUACUGUCCGUUCCGUUAAACGCCGGCUCUCAGUUACUGUCCAUUUUGGGAAAAGCGCGGCUCUCAGUUACUGUCCGUUUGGUUGACGGUGGCUAUCAGUUACUGUCCGUUUUGGGAAAACGGCGGCUAUCAGUUACUGUCCGUUUUGUUAGUUCCGUUAAACGCCGACUCUCAGUUACUGUCCGUUUUGUUAGUUCCGUUAAACGCCGACUCUCAGUUACUGUCCGUUUGGGAAAACGAAGUUUUGGGAAAACGGCGGCUAUCAGUUACUGUCCGUUUUGUCAUAUUGGUUACUAUCCGUUUUGCAGAGUCCGUUUGUUGGAAGCGUUGGCUGCAAUUUUCCCGUUAUUUUUGGCAGCCCGUUUGGGAAAUAGCCUAGCCAUGAUGAGCCAUACGUUUGCGGUGCAGUUUGUUGGAAGUGGCCAUGAUGAUCAUUCCGUUUGCAGUGCCGUUUGUUGGAAAUGGCCGUCAAUUAUUCCGUUGCAGUCGACCGUUAUCAGGAAUAAUAAUCGACUUUUGCAAUCAACAGUCUAUUGCAAUCAACAGACUGUUGAUUGCAAGGAGUCGCAAGUCCUCGGCAUGAGUUCUUUUUUGUUCUUCUUUCCCGCGUUCCCUGCUGAGGACCUGCAAAGGAGCGAAGAUCAGAAUUUAACGGCCUUGCUCCAAAUUCUGGCUUUCUUUCUUCCUUCGAUAGCUUUCCUUUUCGUUUACUUAAAAUUUGUGUCGACAAAUAAGAGGCAAUGGAAUC